UGCCGCUUCAGAUCGCUUCAGAAGUCCGGAUCUGGUUGUGUGGGUUAUUUUUCUGUUCCGUUUGCCUUCCCCUGCUUGUGGAUUACUUGCACGGAUUUCUGGGUGGCUUCCUGGUUCGGCUGCAUCUCCCCGCUGGAAACUCUCGCUUGUGGAUCUGUUACUUUCGGAGAGCUCUGCCUCGUUGUUUUUGGACGCCACUGUGGAUUACAAUUGCAAUAUGACUCUGGAAGACUUGCUGACUUGCGAUAACACGGAGAAGAAGAUGAAGUCGGUCAGUGAAUCCGUGGAGCACCUUCUGGUGGCUGCCCAGCGUCAGGGCUGCCUGACGGUUGGCGUGUACGAGUCUGCCAAGCUCAUGAAUGUCGAUCCGGACAGCGUGGUGCUGUGCCUCCUGGCCAUUGAUGAAGAAGAUGAGGACGACAUUGCCCUCCAGAUCCACUUCACCCUCAUCCAGGCCUUCUGCUGCGACAAUGACAUCAACAUUUUGCGGGUGUCUGGGAUGGAGCGCCUGGCGGCCGUCUUGGGCGAAAGCCCCGCGGACAGCUCCGAGCCACGGGACCUGCACUGCAUCCUGGUGACGAAUCCCCACACAGACUCCUGGAAGAGCCAAGGGUUGGCUGAGGUUGCCAGCUACUGUGAAGAAAGCCGGUGUAACAACCAGUGGGUCCCCUACAUCUCUCUCCAGGCACGCUGAAACGGCGGUCGACGCUGCUUUGUUCUUGUGCCGAAUUUCACGUAUUGGGGGGAAAAAAGCAUAUUUGAAAAGAGGAGUUCUUUUUAAAAAUAAAACAAAACAAAAAUGCCAGCAAUGGCCUGUCGUCUUAUCCGAAGGAGAAGUGGUGAGUGAGUCACUGGAGAUGGGCGGUGAAGAAGACAGGAUGGCUGACGGCUGACGAGGAUGCUGGAGGCGGGGAGAGGCGGCGGUUGGCUAGGUGGCCCGGCUGCUGCGUCGUUGGCUGACUGCUCAGAGAGGAGGAGGAGGAAUGGAGCCAGAAAAGGCUCGCAGCUUCCCAACUCGACUGUGUUGUCUGAGGACUGGCAGAGAAUUACUGUUGCAGUGUAUGAAUGUGGCAACGCCGAUGGUGUUUGCAGAGGGCGGAUCGCCCAGUGCGAGGGACAACUGGAGGUCAGAUGGACAAUCCCCACCGCCCUGCCUUGUGUUUCCCUGCAGAUGGAGGAGGACUGAGGAGAGGAGGCGGGAAUUGCCUCCUUGCAAAGGACUCUAAACUGGAGAGAAAGCAGGAGGAGGAUUCUUAGCCCCUGCUGGUUUAUGCAAAAGAACUGAUUGUCAAAGACAGUUGCAAAUAAACUCUUUAUUAUUAUUAUUAUUUUUUAAACUAGAUACAUAGGUCUUAUUUAUCUAAAAUCAUGCCAGUUUGUCUUUUUUUGCACUUAAAAGCCUCUAACAGAAUCAUCAAAGACAAAUAUAUUCUUCUACCUGAUUUAAGAAAAUUGCAAUAAAGCUCUUUAUAUUCUGAAAACGAA